UGUCAAGUGUCAACAUGAGUUGAGAAAACAUGAGAAAACAUGAGAAAACAUGGUGCGUGUUGCAGUGGUUACAGGUGGAAACAGAGGCUUAGGUUUUGCUAUUGUGAAAAAACUUUGUGAAACAUUCCAAGGAGUUGUUAUAUUGACAGCACGUGAUGGCAAAAAAGGCUUGGCUGCAUGCGAAGUACUCAGGAAAAAUGGGUUUAAUCCAGAUUUCUUUCCAGUGGACAUUACUAAUGAAAAUAUGGUGGGAAAUUUAAAGAAGUACAUCAUAUCUCACUAUGGCGGUCUUGAUGUUUUAAUCAAUAACGCUGGAGUUUAUUAUGGCUCCAACUCACCGUUAUCGUAUAGCGAGCAAGUGCAACGAACGGUUGAUUGCGACUACUUUGGAUUGAGAAAUGUCUGUAAAGAAUUGUUUCCUUUGCUGAGACCUCAGGCCAGGGUGGUGAAUAUAUCGUCAAGAAUGGGAAAAUAUUCCUGUCUUAAACCUCCUGUUUUAGAUCGUCUCUCUUCAACUGGGCUGACAGAAGAAGUUCUUGAUCAACUAAUGACUUCAUUUAAAAGUGAUGUACAUUCAGGAAUACAGAUUGAGAAUGGCUGGCCAGCAGAACCGUUAUUUCGCUCUUGGCAAAAUUCAGCUUAUUGUAUUACCAAACUUGCGGUUACAAUUUUGACACGAUUGCAAGCAAAUUAUUUUAUGGAACCAGCCAGAUCUGCAGAUGAGAUUCUUGUGAAUGCGUGUUGUCCAGGUUGGCUACAAACACGUCUUGGAGGUCCAGAUGCUCCUUUGUCUGCAGAUCAAGGUGCUGACACUCCAGUUUUUCUCGCUUUACUACCGCCAGGUAGUAAAUAUCCUAAUGGCAAAUUUUUGUUUGAAAAGAAAGUUGUACCAUUCGUAACAGCACCGUCUGUAAGAUUAACUGGUAUACCAGGUCAACAAGGAAAAAAGAAUGACGUGAUUUUCUGUGGUACUGAAGCACAACAACAUGUGGUGUUUUUCCAUGGUGAUGUGCAGGACUACGUAGAAAAUAUGAUUGCUCAUCGUAAUAACAAAGCCUGGGUUCAAUGGGAUCUUGAAUCAACUUCGAGACUGCUGUUAAAGAGAUUUCCUAACAGUUUUAUUUGGGUGGUGAAAUCAUCCAGGUUGCAUCUAGGCACGUAUGCCUGUUACAAUAACUUUGUCGAAACGAGCGUCUUUGGUGUGCCUGACCAUAGUUCAAACAUUGGAGCCAUUUCUCACCUUCGUCAGUUACUAGACUCUGCCAUUAGAAAAGUUCUAAACUUAGAAAACGAGGAGGAAGAUGUAACUGAAGAUUUUCCAAUAACUUUGGUUGGUUUCAGCCAUGGUUGUGUUGUGCUUAACCAGAUUGUAUACGAGAUACACGAUAUUGUCAAGUCGGAGAAAACUGGUUUACUCCAAUUUAUUUCUCGUAUCAACGCUAUUCAUUGGCUGGACGCUGGUCAUUGUGGCCAAUCAAAUGCUUGGGUGACAGACGAACGAUUAUUAGGGUCACUAGCAGAGACAAUCCCUCGUUUACGUGUUCAUCUCACACCAUUCCAAAUUCGUGACAAAUCCCGCGCCUGGAUUGGUGAGGAACAAAUCCGGUUUACAAACUUUUUGAAGUCACGUGGUGCAGAUAUAAAACAACAUAUUUACUUUGAGGACCAAGGACCAUCACUGUGUAACCACUUUAGAUUAAUCGAAACAUUCGACCCAACGAUGACAACUAAUGAAUGAAAAAACAUGACAUGUCAUUAAGGCCCAUUUCAGACGUCGAACUUUUCAUGUGCCGAAACGAAUGCAAAAUGAACUUUAACGAAGACUUAAAUCCAAUAACAUUAAGUUUGGCGCGGGAAAAGUUUGCCGUGUGAAAUAGGCCUAACUCUAAUAUUCGUGUAAAUAAUAAGGUAUUCAAUGUUUCUCCUGUAUUAUAGGCCAAAUCUAAAACAGUUGUUCCUCAUCUGCCCAGCGAAUAUAUACUUAGA